CGUGAGAGGUCAGAUUGCUGUCAGACAUGGCCCAUGGACACGGACAUGAACAUGGUCAUAGUAAAUUAAAACUUCCAGAUUAUAAACAAUGGAAGAUAGAAGGGACACCAUUAGAAACUGUCCAGGAGAAGCUGGCUGCACGAGGGCUAAGGGAUCCAUGGGGCCGCAAUGAAGCUUGGAGAUACAUGGGUGGCUUUGCAAACAAUGUUUCCUUUGUUGGUGCAUUAUUAAAAGGAUUCAAAUGGGGAUUUGCUGCAUUUGUGGUAGCUGUAGGGGCUGAAUAUUACCUGGAGUCUCGGAAUAAAGAUAAGAAGCAUCAUUGAAGAAAAUACCUGAAAGUAUCUUGAAGUCUUCUUAAUUCUCCUAUAAAAAUAAGAUUUCAUCAACA